AAAUUGUCUCUUCCUCUGUUCUCAUCUCUGUCACUCAAACAAAUACACUUUCUAAAUCUCUUAUAGUCCCCUCUUUGCGAGAGAGAGAGAGAGAGAGAGAGAGAGAGUAUGUUUCUCUGCCCAUUUGCCUCUAUGUAUAGACUCUCCCAACGGUUCUUUUUUCCUUUUAUCUGCUCCAACCUCUCGUGAGCUACUCUCUCUGCCCAACACCUUCACCACUUCUGCUCCCACCUCUUCUCUAUCUGUGCUUCUCUGUAUCUGGUGACUGUUUUUAUGCUAAAUUUUCACUGAAUACUCCGUUUUUUAAUUAUUCCCUUAUUGGGCAACUUUCCUAUAUUAGGUAUUUCUUAUUCCUUUUAGCCAAAACCUACUCUCAUGAUAGUUUGGAUAUCUCGUAUCUGGGUUGUUUAUGGGGUUUUGGGAUAUCUGUUUUUUUGAGGAACAGAACAGAAAAUUUGCCUAUUUUUAUAUAAUUUUUGUUCUAGUUAGGGUCUUUUGGUUUUGGGAAAUUUUUGGUAUCUUUCUUUUGAAAUUUUGAUUCGUCAGCUUGAAAGGGUCUUCGAGAUUUUUAUAUUUUAAGAGGGUUUUGAUUGCUCCUCUUAUUUAUUUAUUUCUUUUUAAGUUGCAAACGCUUGGCUUUUUCUCACCCCUUUUUUUCCUUCUUUUCUUAAAAGAACUUUUGUUCAUUUUACUUUGAGGGUUUAGGGUUUUGUACCUAUUUGUCAGGAGCUUUUUCUUCCUUUCCUUGGUCAGUUCAAAGCAAAUAGUGAACUAAGCUACACAUCUUUUCUUUUGGAGUUGGGUUUGAGGAUUCCCUAAGUACCAAGUUCUAUCAAAUUCUGAAAAAUUCCAGUGUCUUUGAAAAUGGGUUUUCAUCAAAGCUUGCGAAUUUGGUCUCGGUUUCUGUUUCUUCGGAUCUAAAAGGUCCCAAUUUUCAAACUUGUAUCUGUCACAAAGUUGAAAAUUCAAUCCGAAUUCGAGGUUUUAAACCUCAAUUUAGUUAGUCAAUUCCAUGUGUUCAUUUCCACCUCUAAUAUCUGAAUCUGAAUUCAUUCUGAAUUCUGGGUUUUAGAGCUUAAAUCCCCACCAAUCUUUUUCUCUGCUUUCCACCUUGAAAUCAUCUAGGGGAAAAAAAGAAAAAGAGAAAAAAGAAAUGUCUUCGUGUUUAAGUGGUGGCGGAAGAACCUAUGCUUUCGACCUCGAAAUAGUGAAAUCUCCAUCCACAUCAACCCGAACCUCACACACAUCUUCUCCAUCUUCGACCAUCUCAGAAUCGAGCAAUUCGGGUCUAACAAUCUCAACCCGGAAGCCAAGAACCCCUCGAAAGCGUCCGAACCAAAUAUACAAUGAAGCAGCCGCAUUGCUCUCUACGGCUUACCCAAACAUCUUCUCCACGAAACACCUCGAGAAUCGUCGCAAAUUCACCAAGCCCAACGACUCUUUCUCGGACCAAUCCGAAGAGUUGCUCUUACCUUUCCGAGUCAUCGAUGACGAUUCGUUUCUUGCUUCACCAACCAAUCCAACCGGAAAAACCCAAUUCCCGAAUCGAGCCCAGACGAAUUCCAGCUCUAUGGAAUUUUGCAACAACGAUUACCAAGAAGAUUUCGACGCAGAAUCGAUUCUCGACGAAGAAAUCGAAGAGGGUAUUGACAGUAUCAUGGGGAAUCUGAAUCUGAGUAUGAACGCGGAGGCGGUCGAUGAGUCGUCCAAAGGUGGUGGUGGACAGACCCAAACCAGUUGUUCUUGGUAUGGAAAUCCAAUGGGUUUGGGAUUUGGCGGGAGAUUCGAUUUGGGUUUGGGACCGAGAAGGGGUGGUGUGAGAGCUUUGAGACAGGUCGAGGAAGCCAAUUGGUGGAAUUUUCCGACCGUCGAUGUCCUCCAAAUCUCCCCCAAAUUCCAUAAAGCUCCGACUCUAUGUCCGGCAGCAGAGAAGAAGAAGAAGAAGAAGAAGGUAGAAAAAGCUUCCCCAGAAACCAAGACCGUAAUGGAACCACCGAAAGAGAAUCCCAUCCAAAAACCCAAUUCCGGGUUGUUGCUGAAACUCAAUUACGACAACGUUUUGGAGGCUUGGUCCGACAAAGGCUCACCGUUUUCCGAUGAAGCUCCGGGGUCUGAUGCUCCGGGAAAUGACGUCUCCGCCAGGCUGGCGCAGAUCGAUUUAUUUCCGGACGCGGGGGCAGUGAGAGAAGCUAGCGUGCUUCGCUACAAGGAAAAACGACGUACGCGACUCUUCUCGAAGAAGAUCAGGUACCAGGUCAGGAAAGUCAAUGCUGAUCGACGGCCCAGAAUGAAGGGAAGAUUUGUUAGAAGGCCAAACUCUAGCAUGAAUGCUCAAAGAUGAAGAGGAAAAUAUAUAGCGCCUAAGCUUUAUGCCCUUCCCUUCUUUCUUGUUUUUUUUGUCCAUUUUGCUUUUCUUUGCCUAUUUUUUUCUCUUACACUAAGAAGCUAAAGAGAUGGAGACCAGUUUAGAAGAGGAGCGUGGAGAAUCCAACAACUUUUAGCCUUAGGUUCUCAUGUAUUCUCUUUGUUUUCUAGUCUAUAAAAUAUGCUUUUGUUUCUUUCUUUGAUCCAAAGUAGGUAAAGAGGAUUUUGUUAGCAUGCAAUUUAUAGCACAGAAAGGUACUUGAGGCGUGGUAAUUGAAAUUAAUCAAUUCAUCAACAGCUUUGCUAAUAA